GAGGGGAGCGUCGCCCGGAGCCGCGUCCAGCGCCGAGCCCCGCGCAGCGAGCGGGCGGCGGGCCCGCCGGCAUGGAGGCCUACGACGUCAUCGCCAACCAGCCUGUCGUCAUCGACAACGGCUCUGGGGUGGUGAAGGCCGGCUUCGCUGGCGACCAGAUCCCCAAGUACUGCUUCCCAAACUAUGUGGGCCGCCCGAAACACGUCCGUGUCAUGGCUGGGGCGCUGGAGGGAGACCUCUUCAUCGGGCCCAAAGCUGAGGAGCACCGGGGCCUCCUGGCCAUCCGCUACCCCAUGGAGCACGGCGUGGUGCGUGACUGGAACGACAUGGAGCGCAUCUGGCAGUACGUCUACUCCAAGGACCAGCUCCAGACCUUCUCUGAGGAGCACCCGGUGCUGCUCACCGAGGCGCCCCUCAACCCCAGCAAGAACCGGGAGAAGGCAGCCGAGGUUUUCUUCGAGACCUUCAACGUGCCGGCGCUCUUCAUCUCCAUGCAAGCCGUGCUCAGCCUGUACGCCACGGGCCGCACCACGGGGGUGGUGCUGGACGCGGGCGACGGCGUGACGCAUGCCGUGCCCAUCUACGAGGGCUUCGCCAUGCCCCACUCCAUCAUGCGGGUGGACGUGGCCGGGCGCGACGUCUCCCGCUACCUCCGGCUGCUCCUCCGCAAGGAGGGCUCCGACUUCCACACCUCGGCCGAGUUCGAGGUGGUCAAGACCAUCAAGGAGCGAGCCUGCUACCUCUCCAUCAGCCCCCAGAAGGAUGAGGCGCUGGAGACGGAGAAGGUUCAGUACACGCUGCCCGACGGCAGCACGUUGGAUGUGGGUGCAGCUCGCUUCCGGGCGCCUGAACUGCUUUUCCAACCGGAUCUCAUCGGUGAUGAGAGCGAGGGCAUCCACGAGGUGCUGGCUUUCGCCAUCCAGAAGUCCGACUUGGACCUACGCCGCACGCUCUUCGCCAACAUCGUCCUCUCGGGCGGCUCGACGCUCUUUAAAGGUUUCGGGGACCGGCUACUCAGCGAGGUGAAGAAACUGGCCCCCAAGGACAUCAAAAUCAAGAUCUCAGCCCCGCAGGAGCGGCUGUACUCCACGUGGAUCGGCGGCUCCAUCUUGGCCUCGCUAGACACCUUCAAGAAGAUGUGGGUGUCCAAGAAGGAGUACGAGGAGGACGGCCUGCGGGCCAUCCACCGGAAGACGUUUUAAGAGCAGGUCGGGGGAGCCGCUUCUUGCCACGGGGGCCACCAGCCUCCGCCCCAGCGCAGGGAACAGCAUCGUCCCCCUUUUCCAAGCGGCCCUGGGAAGCUGGGGUGGGGGGUCAGCACCCGGCACAGAGUCCCACUCCCCCCGACACAUGUACAAUAACUCUACACGGUUGCCUAUUUUUUUUCCCUUUUUUGUAAAUUCAGUAUAGUAAUAAUUAUAAAUUAACGACGAGG